AUGAAGCACGGUGACAUGGUGAUUAGCACUGUUGCCUCACAGCAAGAAGGUCCUGAAUCCAUCAGGCCGGGGUGUUUCUGUGUGGAGUUCUCUCCGGGUACUCCGGCUCCCUCCGACAUCCAAAGACAUGCAGUGUUAGCCCUGCGACACACUGGCGACCUGUCCAGAGUGUACCCUGCCUCUCCCCCUAAGACAGCCGGGAUAGGCUCCAGUCCCCCUGCCACCCUGACAAGGAAGUAUCGUGGGCGGACCUUCCGCUCAGGUAGAGCCCGUGUGUUCCCAGGUGUGCGGCGUUUAGACGAAACCGACAACCCGGCGAAAAACGGACUAUGCUGUGCCAACCUCAAGGACAACAAAGUCUUGAUGAAGAUGGGGUUGGCGCUGGUGCUGGUGGGCCAUGUAAACUUUAUUCUUGGAGCACUGGUGCACGGCGCUGUGCUCAGACACAUCAGUCUGCAACUCCAGGUCAAGAAUUUGGUGUACCCCAUCGCCAAUAUCAUCGCUAUCGUGGCAGGUCUUUUGGGAGGGAUCUGUGGAAUAACAGCUAUAGUCCUAUCCAGAAACAAGAAAAACAGGAUCCUGAUAUGGGUCCUGCUGGUCUUCAGUUUCAUAGCAGGUUUCCUGGCGUCUGCCUCCACCGUGGGCUUGUUAGUUUCUGUGGUUACAGCCAUUAUGUCCAAAGGAAAGGCCCUGCUGACACAAUGCAACGAAGCCGUUCAGAAUAUUAGCUCUUUUAGCAUCACAAGUGAAUGCCCCUUUGACCCCACCCGUAUCUAUGCGACCACCAUCAUUCUGUGGCUGCCGCUCAUCUUUAUGUCUGUUGUGGAAGCAGUGUUCUCCUUCCAUUGCUUUGCUGCCUGCACUUCAUUCCUCUACCUCUGUCCAUGCAGGAAGAGGCCACGUGUGAAGAACAGGGUGCGGAGAUCUGCUGAAACCACACCAAUGCCGACACCGCAAUAUAGGGAGACGGACGCUGAAGCAGGAGCUACAGAGCAGGAUGACCUGCUGGACAGCAACACUGCUGAGGUGCAGAGUGACUCACUCUGA